CCUUGGGAGCAGCAUAUGGUACAGCCAAGUCCGGUGUGGGCAUUGCAGCCAUGUCCGUGAUGAGACCAGAGCUCAUCAUGAAGUGCAUCAUUCCCGUCGUCAUGGCGGGUAUCAUUGCCAUUUACGGUCUGGUGGUGGCUGUGCUCAUUGCUGGAAAGCUUGAUGCUGCCGAUAAGGGAUACACUCUCUAUCAGGGCUUUGUACACUUGGGAGCUGGUCUGUCUGUAGGCCUGUCUGGAUUGGCUGCUGGUUUUGCCAUUGGUAUCGUUGGUGACGCAGGUGUGCGAGGAACAGCACAGCAGCCACGCCUUUUCGUCGGCAUGAUUCUCAUCCUUAUUUUCGCUGAGGUAUUGGGUCUGUAUGGUUUGAUCGUUGCCAUCUACCUCUACACCAAGACCUCAAGCAGCUAAACAUAGCGCAUAGACAGCCCCAAGGCCCACUUUAGCAUCCCUCAUGCAUAAUCAUCAUUUUUUGGGUCGACUGAUUUUCAUCGAAACUUUCUGGUAGUUUUAUUGCUUAUUAUUUAAUUUAUUUAUUCAUUUCCUUUUUAGAGAGGUAGUUUUACAAAAUUAAAGAGGGCCUAAAAAAGAAAUUAUAAAGAGUUUUUAGUGAUAAAUUUGUAUAUAUUGUGUAUAUUACACAUACAUAUAUUUAUAUAUAUAUAAUGUGUAUUUACAUAAACAUGUACAUCCAUCUUAUAUGAUUAUACUUUAUUUAAAAUUUUAUUACUUUUAAAAAAAUGUUAUAGUAUUGUUCAUAAUAGUUAAUUACUGCAUAAUUUGAUGCAGUUUAACAAGGUGAGGGAUAUUGUCUGGGAGGCUUACUUAAGGCUCCUUGGACAGUGGUUCUAAAUUAUGUAAUUUUGUAUAAAUGUAAAUUGUCUUUCUCCUAUCUCUUCUUGUCCUCCAAUAUAGCUUCUUUACAUAGCAUCGUCUCCUGAUACUUCUUCCAUGUUGGGGCCAAGGUGUGUAGGUCAGAUUCCUUCCAGGAGAAUCAACCCUAGCAAGACCAUGCAAUAUUGAAGGGUAGCUGUUGGUAUUACUGAUAUUCACUGGUCAGGUUCUCCUGGAUUGUCUGAUGUGGAUGCCAGAGCUCUGCAGUUUUAUUGUAAGGAGUGACGGGCAUGUCUCAUGUGAGGAACUACGUUCCCAUUGAAACCUGUGGACUUUAUAGUUAUCUAGGACUGCAAGAGAUGUGCAUGGAAGCCCACAAGUUUCCUUCAGAUUUUUAAACUAGCAUUAUUGAGGACGUUGUUCCUACACCUGGGGAUGUCCUGCUCCAAGGCUGAGGAAACGGACAGAACUUGAAGGCGGUUCUUGCAGUACAGGCUGUGCUGAGUUUCCCGCCUGGGUGGUCGUCAAGAAGUUUGGAGUUGAUCAUGAUGACUUGCUUGCGUCCAAUGGUGUUCCAAUGCUACAAGCUCUCUAAGUAGCUAAGAUCAACAACCUCCUCCUUAUUAUUUCUUUGCUCAUAUUAGAAAACGGCAUCUACCAUCACCUAGCUGUUAUCUUAGUUGUGAUAGUCGUAAUUUGAACUAGCUUGGUAGUAAGCAAGGUCGUGCAUCUUGGCUCCUGCUUGCAGCGACCCCCACGAUUGGAGCACAAGGGAUCCUGGUUGCCCACUCUAGGGUGAAGGGGCCAUAUUACCCAGAUUGUACAGACUAAUUAUAGUUGGUCAGUGUUUAUGAAGGUCCCAAGACUUUAUUUUACUUCAUAUUCUUAGACAUUUCAAUUUUAUCUUUAUUUUUUUAAGCAUUGUUGGGGAUACAAGAACACCUAAGUUUUAUAUUAGGGAUACAUUUCCCGGGGAACUUGUGUAUCCUCGCAAGUAGCUUAGAAGUGUGUACCCCAAAUUUUUCCUGUGAAUAGCAUCUGCAGCUAUAGCUCAACUCCUGGGAAAUGACACUGGCCAACAUGUGGUACUGAAAAAAAGAAAAAUAUAUACAAAAACAUUCCAAGCAAGGACAUUGUCAUUGUUUUGUGCUUUCCAUCUUGAAGAUAAUGUAUGGAUAGUUGUGGUUGUCAAACUGUUAUCAGGUGUAUGCAUUGUAUAAAUGGUAUUAAAUAUUAUGUAAUGGUAUAUUGUUAAUAAAGAUAGCUUGAGUUGGAUACUUAUGAUUUUAA